AUGGCGUGCACAAGGUAUGAAUCUGGGACCAUCGAGGCGGCAGGGUAUGAAUCUGGGACCAUCGAGGCGGCAGGGUAUGAAUCUGGGACCAUCGAGGCGGCAGGGUAUGAAUCUGGGACCAUCGAGGCGGCAGGGUAUGAAUCUGGGACCAUCGAGGCGGCAGGGUAUGAAUCUGGGACCAUCGAGGCGGCAGGGUAUGAAUCUGGGACCAUCGAGGCGGCAGGGUAUGAAUCUGGGACCAUCGAGGCGGCAGGGUAUGAAUCUGGGACCAUCGAGGCGGCAGGGUAUGAAUCUGGGACCAUCGAGGCGGCAGGGUAUGAAUCUGGGACCAUCGAGGCGGCAGGGUAUGAAUCUGGGACCAUCGAGGCGGCAGGGUAUGAAUCUGGGACCAUCGAGGCGGCAGGGUAUGAAUCUGGGACCAUCGAGGCGGCAGGGUAUGAAUCUGGGACCAUCGAGGCGCCAGGGUAUGAAUCUGGGACCAUCGAGGCGGCAGGGUAUGAAUCUGGGACCAUCGAGGCGCCAGGGUAUGAAUCUGGGACCAUCGAGGCGCCAGGGUAUGAAUCUGGGACCAUCGAGGCGGCAGGGUAUGAAUCUGGGACCAUCGAGGCGGCAGGGUAUGAAUCUGGGACCAUCGAGGCGCCAGGGUAUGAAUCUGGGACCAUCGAGGCGCCAGGGUAUGAAUCUGGGACCAUCGAGGCGCCAGGGUAUGAAUCUGGGACCAUCGAGGCGCCAGGGUAUGAAUCUGGGACCAUCGAGGCGCCAGGGUAUGAAUCUGGGACCAUCGAGGCGCCUGAACAACAGUCCAGCGCACAUACCACAUGA